UCCGUACUUCCGCCGGCUUGUAUGCUUUGUUUUCGAUAAUAAUUUAACUAAUAUUGAAAAACCUACCUAAAUUGCAGUGUUUCGAAAAAAAAUAUAGUGAAUAUGAGUGGAGGAGUUUACGGUGGAGACGAAGUCGGUGCGCUUGUUUUUGAUGUUGGGUCAUACUCCUUCAGAGCAGGCUAUGCGGGAGAGGAUUCUCCAAAGGCAGAGUUACCAACUCAUAUUGGGGUCAUUGAUGAAGUUGAUACAGCAAUGGAAACUGAUGAUAAAAGCAUAGAUAAGAAGUACUUUUUGGACACCAAUUCCAUUAAAGUGCCACGGAAAGGAAUGGAGAUAACCCCAAUCUUGAAGGAAGGAAUGAUUGAUAACUGGGAGGUUUUUGAGAAAGUUCUUGAUCACACAUACAGCAGGCAUAUCAAGUCCGAGUCACAAUUCCAUCCAGUCAUGAUGUCAGAGCCUGCAUGGAACACCAAAGCAAAGAGAGAAAAGAUAACAGAAAUCAUGUUCGAGAAAUACAAUGUUCCAGCUUUCUUCUUAUGUAAAAAUGCUGUUCUUUCUGCCUUUGCCAAUGGCCGGUCUACAGGUUUAGUGUUAGACUCUGGCGCCACCCACACAACAGCUGUACCUGUGUAUGAUGGAUAUGUUAUACAGCAAGCCAUAGUGAAGUCACCAUUAGCAGGGGAUUUUAUCACAAUGGAGUGUAGAAAAUUAAUGGAAGAACAGAAGAUAGAAGUUAUACCACCAUAUAUGAUAAAAAGCAAGGAAGCUGUAAAUUUCAUGGAUCCUCCUAAAUGGACAAAGAAAGACAUCCCAGAAGUUACAAAAUCUUUUCACAAUUACAUGGUCAAGGAUGUUUUACAAGACUUUGCUGCCUCAGUUCUACAAGUUAUAGAUCAACCAUAUGAUCAGGCCCAGGCUGAGAGUAUGCCCACAGUGCAUUAUGAGUUCCCGAAUGGCUACAACAAAGAUUUUGGUGCUGAGAGAUUCAAAACAUGUGAAGGGUUGUUUGAUCCAUCUAUUAUAAAGGAUCUUCCUAGUGGAAACUCCAUGUUGAGUGUCGGCCACACAGUCACAACCAGUGUGGGGAUGUGUGAUAUAGACAUUCGACCUAGUUUGUACAACAGUGUUAUUGUGGUGGGAGGUAACUCUUUGAUGCAGGGAUUUACAGACAGACUAAACAGAGAUCUGAGUGCAAAAACACCACCCAGUAUGAGGUUAAAGAUUAUAUCCGCCACCGGAAGUGCAGAGCGAAGGUUCAGCAGUUGGAUUGGCGGAUCUAUACUCGCCUCUCUGGGUUCUUUCCAGCAAAUGUGGAUCUCAAAACAAGAAUAUGACGAAGGUGGAAGAGGUUGUGUGGAGAGAAAAUGUCCUUAAAAUGACGUCAUCAAUGACUUCAUUAAAUGACUGCACAAAGAAAAGUGUUCAACUCAUAUGUAUAUAUUCAUUUUCGUCUUCAUCGCGCAUUUUGUACAUUACUUGCUUUAAAUGUAUCUCAUUUGUAAUAAAAGGGAAAUCU